AUGCAGGAAUCCUUCAAUAAAGCAUUAACUUUUGCUGCCAGUACCCUCAACAUCGUUGGAUCACAAAUCUCAAUUGAUCUCUUUCCGCCCGAGGAUAAAAAAGCCAAGCACCUCUUCAAAGUAUCUUUCAUUUUAUCGUUGGUUGUUGCGAUGUGGGCUACUGUCUGUGGGGUUAUAUUAUUUUGGUUCCCUGGAGCAGCUAUGGGUUUUGCAGCUUUAGCUGGAGGUGCCUUGGCAGUAGGUCACGUCAUGACCACCAUGAAUGCUCAAAAAGCUUAUGAAGGAAUGAAAUCAGAUGCCUUUUCUAGAUGGGCGACAUUUACCGAUGCCAUUUCAAAAUGGCAAGCAGGGAUGCAAAAGCAGAUAUUUGAUGAUGUGAAACAUGCCCUUGGAACCGGAAUCAAUGAUCCUGCUGGCAUGGGAGGAUUACUAGCUGAUGGGAAACUCUUCACCAACACAUUGGACAAAACUACAAAUGAAAUUGAAAAGUCUUUGGAAGAAGUUGUCAAACGUAGAUUGAUUAACAACAUUCUAAGAGAAAAAAAAGCUUUUGUGACUGUCAACAGUGAUAAAUGCAACCACGGAGGUCCAGAUGGGGCAUUCAAACCAGAAGAUGGCUGGCUGAGUUGGUGCAAAGAUGGGAAGAUGAUGAAUGUUAUUUAUGCUAAUGGAGACAAAUCUGGAAAUCAAAUUUACAAUGGAGGAAUGAUAGUAUCCAAAUAUGGGAUUACAAUAAGUGAGUAA